GACAGAGACCAACAGGAGAGAUGGUAAAGAUCAUGGGGUGUUGUCCUCUCUUUAUCUAAUUCUCUCUUUUAGCAUCUCUGCUAUGUUCUCUCUUUCUUAUUGCUAGCUAUUCCUCGGUCCAAGAUGUACUUGUACUACUACUCCUACUACACUAGUACCUUAUAAAUAUAUUUAUAUAUAUUUACAUCUUCUCUUACACGCAAAGAGAUGUUUCUUUGUCUUGGACUCGAGCCAGACGAUCAGCUGUGAAAUCACUCAGAUCGCAAAAGAUAUUAUUAUUGUUGUUGUUGUUGUUACUCACUUACUCUCUGUUGUGCUUCUCUUUGGUAAGUCUUUCCUCAUUCCAGAAGUGGAAAUCAAGCCAUAGUAGCUAGCUAGUAAUGGAAAAGAAGAUGGAUCAGAAUCAUUCUCCAGAUGUAGAAGAAGACAUGACCAACCAACUCAUUCCUGCCAAGAGACCAAAGGGUGGCCUCAUAACCAUGCCCUUUAUCAUAGUAAAUGAAGCUCUUGAGAAGGUGGCAACCUAUGGGCUUUUGCCAAACAUGAUACUGUAUUUGAUGAAAGAUUAUCAUGUGGGAUUAGCCAAAGGAGCAAGCAUUAUCUUCCUAUGGUCAGCAGCUAUCAAUUUCAUGCCUCUUAUUGGGGCAUUCCUCUCUGAUUCUUAUCUGGGUCGCUUCCUCACCAUAGGCUUCGGUUCCAUUGCCAGUUUCAUGGGAAUGACUCUCCUUUGGUUGACAGCCAUGGUUCCAAGGUCAAGGCCUUCUUCAUGUGACAUAUUAACACAAAUCUGCAAAUCCCCAGCAAGUUCCCAAAUGGCAAUUCUAGUACUUUCCUUUGCUCUCAUGGCCAUUGGAGCUGGUGGAAUCAGGCCUUGUUCUUUAGCAUUUGGAGCAGAUCAAGUUGACAAAAGAGACAACCCCAAGAACCAAAGGGUUCUAGAAAGGUUCUUCAAUUGGUAUUAUGCUUCAGCUGCUGUUUCUGUCAUAAUUGCCUUAACUGCCAUAGUCUAUAUCCAAGAAAAACUUGGAUGGAAAUUGGGUUUUGGAGUUCCUGCACUUCUUAUGCUUUUUGCCACUGUCUUGUUCUUCCUUGCCUCUUCUCUUUAUGUCAAGCACAAGGCCAGUAAGAGCUUGUUCACUGGAUUUGCCCAAGUGGUUGUGGUUGCUUACAAGAACAGGAAACUUUCAUUCCCAUCUGGGAACUCACACAAUCUUUAUCACCACAAGAAGGACUCUGAGGAUGUUGCGCCAACAGACAAAUUAAGGUGUUUAAAUAAAGCUUGUAUAAUUAGAAAUCAUGAACAAGACAUUGCCCCAGAUGGGUCGGCUUCAAAUCCUUGGAAUCUCUGCACAGUUGAGCAAGUUGAGGAGCUUAAGGCCCUUGUCAAGGUCAUACCAAUUUGGUCUACAGGGAUUAUGAUGUCCAUCAACGUUAGCCAAAGCACCUUCCAAUUACUUCAAGCUAAAUCCAUGGAUAGACAUUUGGGAAGUUUCCAAGUCCCGGCUGCUUCCUUUGCCAUGUUUGUGGUCAUUUCUUUGGCUCUUUGGGUUGUUAUCUAUGACCGAGUAAUUCUACCUUUAGGUUUGAAAAUCCGAGGCAAGUCUGUUAGGAUUGAUGUGAAAACAAGGAUGGGAAUUGGGCUAAUUUUCUCAUUCUUGGCAAUGGUGGUUUCCGCGGUGGUGGAGAAUGUUCGACGCAGGAGGGUGAUACGAGAAGGCUUCCUAAACAAUCCCCACGCAGUUGUGGGGAUGUCGGCUAUGUGGCUCAUCCCACAACACUGCUUGAAUGGCUUGGCAGAAGCCUUCAACGGGAUUGGCCAGACGGAGUUUUACUACUCAGAGUUUCCCAAGAGCAUGUCAAGCAUUGCUUCUGCUCUCUUCGGAUUGGGAAUGGCCGUGGCGAGCCUGUUGGCGAGCGUAGUUCUAAGCGCCGUGGAUAAUGCAACUUCAAGAAAGGGAAAAGAGAGUUGGGUUUCUGAUAACAUCAAUAGGGGUCACUAUGACUAUUACUAUUGGCUUCUUGCUAUUAUGAGUUUUGUGAAUCUGUUUUACUAUCUGUUCUGUAGUUGGGCUUAUGGACCUUGUGCAGAACAAAUGAAAAAAGUUACGGAUGAGCCUAAUGGCACAAGGGAAGAAGAAAUGUCCAAGGUAGGGAGAAUGCUUAGGGAUGAAGGAAAAGAAGAGAGAAAAGAUCAGUUACCUAUCUAAGAAGAACUCCGUGAAUUUUCUUUCCUGCUUGAUUGCUCCUAGGCUUGCUGCAGUAUUAACAGUGAUUGUAUGCUUUCUUUUUGGUGAUUGUGUGAUAGUGAAUUGGUCAUAACUUACUUUUGUAUGUCAUGUAAUUGUUGAAAUUUUUGUUUGAAAUUGGUCAUUCUGUAUUAAGAGUUAAUUUUAGUCCUAUAGUGAAGAAAUUUUGGCUUUU